UGUUUUAUUUUUUUUUUGGCCGCGGGCUUAAAACUGGGUAACGUAUUGUGUCACCCUUUUAAAAGGUUCACUAAUUAUGAGUGUAUAAAUUAAAUGAAGUCAUCAUAGGUACCACCCCAAUAAGCACUGAUAACACGAAGAUCAACCCCUUACAUUACUAUUAAAGAUUUAUAUUAUUUUAAUUGUACCUAGUGCGCUCUUAUUCAAAUUAAAUAGGUGUCGAAGGCAAAUCUUGCUAAUACUCUGUUUUAUAAAUUGAAACAAUAUUAUGUAAAAACUAAAAAAAAAAUUUACAUUAAACAAUAUAUUACUUUUCUUAUUUACGUUACAAAUUAUGUUUCUUAAUCCAGACUUUCGAGUAAUUUAUUAUUUAUGUAUCUUUGCUGUUUCAAUGGGUUUACAUAACGAAAUGCUGAAAAAAUGUGAUGACGCUAUGGCCUACUGGAAAUGCAAAAAAAUUAGUUAUACAAGAACUGAAGAUCUUCUUUGCCUAAAACAUAAGGACCACAUUUUAAUACGUUCGUGCGAUAUUAGCACUUGCCAUUUGAUCCCAGAUAAAAUAGGGUGUAAUGAAUUAAAACUUAAUAAAAUGCAAUGUCCAGAUGACCUUUUUGAAGUUCAAUUGCCUGACAGCGGCAUACAUUGUUUAAAAAUUUCACGUACUUUCGAAUCAUACAAUGAACAUUUUUGCUAUGGCUCAAAUAAAAUUAUACCAAUGGAUUUGACAGAGCCGGACAUUGCCAAAGUUUUACAAUUCCAUAAAAAGAAUAUAAGUGAUUACUGGCUACCAAUAAGAAGAGAAAAUUCCUUUAUGCCAUUUGUAGUACGUUUACCUGGAAAAUCAUGGAAAAAAAUUAUUAGUGAGAAUAUAAUAAUAUCGGUUAACGAUUCUGAAAAACACUGCCUUAAGCAUACAAUUACGAAUGAAAAAAAGUACCAUAAUGUUUUAUUUACUGAAAAGUGUACGGUUCCCUUAAAUAUGGUUUGUGUUUUUAAGUAUGACUUACCAACCAACUUAGGGUACCCUCACCAAUUUGGUGAUCUAAUCUUUUCACAAAAUGAAUCCUUUUGUAUCGAUUUGUGGGCAAUGGAUAGGUGCAUUCAAACUGAGAAAUACUUAAUCAAUCGUAAUUUAUUUAACUGUGUAUUAUCCAAGAGUGUGUGGAAUGAACGGGAAAAAAAGGUUUUAAAUUUAAUUACUUUAAUGAUAAUUUUGGCAAUAAAUGUAUGAUAGUUUUAAACUCAUAUAACUUGAUACACGGUAUUAAUAAAAGCUUACAUGGGUUUCCACCAAUAAGUAAA